AUGGAUUCCUCCUCCCUAAAAUUCGAGUUAAAGAUCAUUGGAGCGAAAAACAUACAAGUAAAACACAAAGGUAAUCUAUUCAUUAGAUGCUACCUUUCAGUAGGAAGCAACAACAGAAAAAUUCAGGUUAACACAAAAGAAAUAAGUUCUGCUCAUCAAAAAGAUGAUUACAUCUUUUGGGAUGACACUUUUUCAAUAGAGUGCAAUGGUUCAGAGGAUUCAAUCAAUAAUCUCAAGGAAGCAAGUGUGUUAUUCGAGCUUAGGUGGCGAAACACCAAGGCUUUUCUAGGGAAGAUUGGCGGGUCUCAGCUCCUAGCAACAGCUGAGAUGCCUUGGAAGAAUGUCUUUAAUGCGCCGAAAAUGGAAUUUCAGAGGUGGGCUGUUAUGACUGUCAAUCAUGAUGGUAAUAAGUUGCUUAAAACUUUUGAAGACGGAGUUAAGCCACCGGCGUUGCAGAUAGCAAUGAAGGUAGAAGUUCCGGUGGUGAGCGUGGCGUCCAAGGAAGAGAUGAGGAAGAUGAGAAGAAGAGAGCGUAUGAAUGGAUGGAAAGAGUGUGGGUGCAACUCUAAUGAAGGGUGUUGCUCUUCUUGUGUUGAUAAUGAGCUGAUUUUGAUUGGUGCAACUUUAGAUGGCUUUUAG